CUUUGAUGAACUGACACAAGGCAAACAAAAGCAUCAACGUGGAGAAAAAACAGAACACGGAUACAAAAUACAAAAUACUUUUUGUGCAUGCAAAGGAGACACGAAAAUCUGUUAUGGAGACACAGAUGAGGCAGCGUGUGUUUACCGGGGUGGUCACACAGAUGCAGGAGCAUCAUGGCAUUGUUGACAAGGAGGUUCAUUUUCCAGUGAGUGUUGUGGUGGGUCGUGUGCCACUGGUGGGUGAGAAGGUGUUGGUGAAAGCUGUCCAGGACCCCAUGAAGCCCGUCGGCUGGACCGCACAGAGAGUUCAGACCUUGAAUGGACAGCCGUUUAAAUCUCCUCCUCCACUGUUGCCCUCCAUGUCUUCAAAUCUGAAACCCGGGAUUUUAGGGAGUAAACCCCAACCACUGCUGAAAUCCCCAAAGAUACCACCUCUGAUUCCCAGCAUGCAGCCAAAUCAGGGUGGUAUGAUCCCGAUGGGCCAUCACCAGCAGAUGCCUUGGAACGGUCCAUUUGACGGUUGGGGUGGCGCUCGGAAAAGACACGCUGAGGUUAUGGGAGGUCGUAGAGGUGGACGCUGGGACGACGGCGGAGCAGGUAUGUGGGGAGGAGACGCCAUGCACCAAAAGAGGAAAAGAUGGAGGGCCUUGUCAGAAGAGGACAUGUCCAAAAAGACAUCCUGUGUAACCACACAAAACACCCCGUUAUUCUCCUGUUUCUCUAGGGACACCCAGGCCUGUGACUGUCUGGAGCUUCAGCGGCGGUACCCUCAUCUUCUGGUGCCCUCAAACCUCGUCCACCUUCAGUUGUCCUGGACGGAGAGUUUCCCGCUCACACAGCCUCUGCCUCUGAGAGGACCCUGUCUGUUUCACAUGGGCUCACGGCAACCUGAGACUGAAACCCCUGUCUGCGAGUCUACAGAUUCUACGGUCACCGUUAAGGUUCUGUUACUCUCUAUGCCGUGCCUAGAACGCUUUUAUUCACAGUGUUGUAACAUCUCAAAGGACGGUCAGACGCUGAAGGAGGCUGUACAUCCUACAACACUACUCAAAUUCAUGUUGGUGGACAGUGGAGGUGAACUGCAGCUCCCAGGAGGUUCCUGGUCACUCAAACUGGACGGCUCAAACCCGCUGAAGGACAGCUCGACUCUAAUCAACACUGCAGUGCGCUGCAUAAAGACUCAAGCUGCUCUGGACCUGUCAGCCUGCACACAAUGGCACAGGAUGGCAGAGUUGAGAUACCUGUCCGGAGAGAAAAUGGAGACGGUCGUGGUCUUCUUGCCGGAUGUUUGGAAUCUAGUGCCGACAGAAGAAGAGUGGACGAAGUUACGACAAGAGCAACAGGAUGAUGAAUCAUCUCUCCCAGAGGUCCCGUCUUUGGUUUUUCACCCUCAUGCUGGACUGAAUCUGUCCGUUGUGUCUCUGUCAUCACUACUAGAGCCCCAGACAAGAGACUGCUAUGAGGUUUGUCUGAUGGCGGAGAUGUUCAGUGAGAUGCUGCAGAGAGAUUUCGGGUUUCAGCUGUAUCAGUGUCUGUGCCGUCUGCCGAAGGGUCCGAUUGACCCUCUGAUCUCUGACGCGGAGGACAACAGCACAAGCACGGACGAGGAGCCCAAAAAAUCUGACGAGCAGCAGCAGUCGAAAAAUAAAAUAUUGACUGAUGUAAAGAAGACCAAACUGAAAGAGAAGGAUGAGGAGAGAGAGACGGAUGAGAUCUCAAGUGAAAAAGAUGGUCAGACGAGCAGCCCGUCAGACAAUCAGCUGAUCAAGGAGCAUGAGCGUCCUCUGGGCUGGACUGCAGAACUCCCUCGUAAAGUGCUUCUGUCGUGGGUGUUCUUUGAUCGUCAUCUCACAGGAAGUCUCCGAGAGCCGGAUCUGCUCAACGUCCUGUUGUCUCUCGGCCUGUAUCUCAGUCCUGCUCAGGCACAGGAUCUAGUGAAAAAGACGCUGGUCGGUGGUCUUUGUCUCUACAGAAAUCUCUGCAGUCGCUGGACAGACAUGAAUCAGACAGACAGCAGCGUCACUGAUGAGGGAAAUAAAGCACUGUUUCCCGGUCCGUCCUGCAAAGAGAGAGGCUCUGCUCGACGCUCUAGUAACCCAGAUCUAGUUAACUACAAAGGGAAUGUCAUUAACUUACCAAACCUACUUCAGUCUCUGGACAGCAGCAAAGCAGCACAGCGUGAACUUGAGAAGUGUAUCGCCACACUACAAUCUAGACUUGAGGCAGCAGAAGCGAAACAGGCCUCUGAUCAACAGGAACAGAUCAAACACAAAGAGCUCAAGAGAAAACUAGAGAAAGCCGAGACACUCAACAAAACAUACGAGAAGAGUUUGAAAGAGAACGCCAGUCAGAUGAUCUCCGUCAUUGAGACGAUGCAGAAGAUGGUUGAACAGACAACAGCCGGCACAAAUACAAAGGAAGUAAUGGAUGAGAAAGUGUAGAACUCUGGAAACGGGACGAUUGGACCGAUGAGAAGACCUGCAAAAUAAACUGAAAUUCAGUGUCUCUACUUGCUUGUAUUUUUGCUUUAAAUGAAAUAAACAUCAUCAUCAUAAGUGUGACAUCAUCAAAUCGUCAAAUGCAUCGUAGAAAGAACUAGAUCCUGCAGUUUCAUUAGGAAAUGGUGAAUUAUUGGAAAAAGGUUUUAUUUAUGAAAAAUAAAAGCUUUUAUAGAUUAUUUUAAAUGGUAUAUGCGUCGAUCCCGGCUGUAUGAUUUGACCCCAGAUUAUUUGGUUUGUCUGUAAACUUUAUUUAGUUGUGAUUUUAUGUUAUGUUUCUAUUUUAUUUUGUUAAUAUGGCAGCUAUCAAUGUAUGAUCCGGCCAUAAGAUUAACAACCUCAGAGUAACUGAUAUGAAAACCCUUUCUGUAAUCCCAUACAAUGCUUAUAUGCCUUCUGUUCUGUACCCAAGUGAAAUUUGACUCUAACAUAAAGUUAGGAAGGACGAGUUUACUCAACACUGGUUUGGUUUGACAAGAAACGCUUCCUUAUUGAUUUGUUAUUGUGCAAUAAAGCAUGAACUACGGUUAGAAACCAUCUACAUACAUAAUUACUCUUCAGUGUUUGUAUGAGGAUAGUCUGCUAUUUAGUCUGGACUGAGCAGUGGAGUUCAGACAUUCAGGAAAUAUUGCCUGAAUUUAAUAUCAACAGCAAACUCCAUCCAACAAUCCCACUUUGCUACGACAAACUGAGAGAAGUCCAAAACAACUGUAAAAAAAGUAUAAAGGUUUGGAAACCAAGAUGUCAACUUAUUUGGAUAUAAUUGACAAAACUAUAUACUUAGUUUUUAACCUUUUUCUCAGGGACCACUUAUACUGUAUAAAAGUGAAUACAAAUCUUUAACUGUCUUCCAGGAUGAAAAAUACUUUAUUGAAGUGCUCUAACAGAGUGAGUAACGUUGACCAAAUAGACUUCUAUCCCAUGCAAAAAAUAUCUUCUUUUUUUGAUUCAUUAGAAAGUCCACAUUUUGUUGGCCAUGUA